UGCACCAUAACGUUGGAUGCCAACGCCCGACAAAGCCUAGCGAAGGAGAAAAAUAAGAUGGCAGACGUUACCGAGGUGGAUGCAGAGAAACUCAGCAAAAAGUCUGGUCAUUGACUGGUGUAGCACAGUAGGUCAGCCUGCAUCACCAUGCUGACUCUGGUGGUCAGGACUGCCAGGCACCAGGUGUGUCAAGCCUUUGGGGUCAGGGCUCAGGGGGUAAAGUUCGCUCUCCCCAGCACAGUGUCAGUCCCAGCUCUAAUUCAGGGGAAUCGCUGGCGAGGUGACAAAAGUGAGCUGAAGAGGCGAAUGAAAGCUGAGAAGAAGGCAUCUGAGAAGGAAGCCAAAGUCAAAGAGCAGGUUGAGCAGAAGCAGACCAAUGAUCAGGCUGUUCAGAAUGCAUACGGGGCAGAUGAGGAGACCCUGGACCCUAACCAAUACUUUAAGAUCCGCACUCAAGCCAUCCAGGCUCUGAAGGGCACAGCAGAGGACCCAUACCCUCACAAGUACAAUGUCGAUCUGUCGCUCACAGGGUUCAUUGAGAAAUACAACCACCUACAGCCUGGAGACCAGCUAACAGACAUUGUCCUCAAUGUAUCAGGUCGUGUUCAUGCCAAGAGAGAGUCCGGGGCCAAGUUAAUCUUCUAUGACUUGCGAGGGGAAGGCGUCAAGCUGCAAGUUAUGGCAACCAACAGGAGCUACAAGUCUGAGGAGGAGUUUGUGCGCAUCAACAACAAGCUGCGGCGUGGUGACAUCAUCGGUGUUCGUGGUAAUCCAGGGAAGACCAAAAAGGGCGAGUUGAGCAUCAUUCCCAUAGAGAUGACCCUGCUUUCACCUUGCUUGCACAUGCUGCCCCACCUCCACUUUGGUCUCAAGGACAAGGAAACACGAUUUCGCCAGCGAUACCUGGAUCUGAUUCUCAAUGACUAUGUGAGGCAGAAGUUUGUAACACGUGCCAAGAUCAUCACUUACCUCCGCAGCUUCCUGGACGGGCUGGGAUUCCUGGAGAUUGAGACGCCCAUGAUGAACCUGAUUCCUGGUGGGGCUGUGGCCAAACCCUUUGUGACCUACCAUAACGACCUAGACAUGAACCUUUACAUGAGGAUCGCUCCUGAGCUCUACCACAAGAUGCUUGUGGUUGGGGGGAUUGACAGAGUGUAUGAGAUUGGACGGCAGUUCAGAAACGAAGGCAUUGACCUCACCCACAAUCCAGAGUUCACCACCUGCGAAUUCUAUAUGGCCUAUGCAGAUUACCAUGACUUGAUGGAUAUCACAGAGAAGCUUCUCUCGGGAAUGGUCAAGCACAUCACUGGAGAGUACAAAGUGAAGUAUCAUCCAGAGGGUCCAGAGGGCCCGUCCUAUGAGAUCGACUUCACUCCUCCCUUCAGGAGGGUCAGCAUGACGCACGACCUGGAGAAGGAGAUGGGCGUCAAGUUCCCAGCUGCUGACACCUACGACAGUGACGAGACACGUACAUUCUUUGAUGAACUGUGUGCCCAGAAAGGAGUGGAGUGCCCUCCUCCUAGAACCACUGCCCGCCUCCUUGACAAGUUGGUGGGAGAUUUCCUAGAAGUCACGUGUAUCAACCCCACGUUCAUCUGUGACCACCCACAGAUCAUGAGCCCCCUGGCCAAAUGGCACCGGUCAGAGAAAGGCCUGACGGAGCGUUUUGAGCUGUUUGUAUUGAAGAAGGAGAUUUGUAAUGCCUACACUGAGUUGAACGACCCUAUCAGGCAGAGGGAGCUCUUUGAGCAACAGGCUAAGGCCAAGGCAGAGGGUGAUGACGAGAGCAUGUCCAUUGAUGAGACUUUCUGCACGGCACUAGAGUAUGGCCUGCCACCAACUGCUGGCUGGGGCAUGGGCCUUGACCGUCUUACCAUGUUCCUCACAGACUCCAACAACAUCAAGGAGGUGCUGUUCUUCCCUGCCAUGAAGCCUGAUGACAACAAGACAGCCCCUCUCACAGAGGGCACCUCUGUGUAGUAUUGUGACCUCGCCUGCUGGCAGAUCUCUGCAGAGGUUGGCAUGGUGAUGAAGCCUGGGGAAAUAAUCAGAUUGGUCUGGUCUCACUGUGUCCCGGUGGAAUUGACUGUUUUCCAUUUUAUCAUAUGGUUUGAAUCUUGCAAUCUGCAUUAUUAAGGGAAAUAAGUUACUUAAAUAAUUGUUCCACCAUUACAUUAAACAUUAAAUUGUAUGCUCUUAUUACCUUGUGCUUUGUCUCUAUUCCUUCUUCCCUCAUUAGUGUGGUGGACAUCCAAGCCCAAUGUAAUGUCAGUGAAUGAGGGUUUCUGGACAUGUUUGUUGUGUUAUUGUAUGCUAUACAGUCCAACUACUAAAAAAAAUAUGUUCACUCACAACUGCCAUUGGCACAAAAAUAAAAUUUGACAAAUAUGUGA